GUGUCACCUACUCUCUCUCUCUCUCUCUCUCUCUCUCUCUCUCUCUCUCUCUCUCUCUCUCUACCCUACUCUUGCUGUGAGGACAUAAGUGCCCGCAGACGCAAUUCUCUCUGGAGCCCCCCUCCAUCUCGCUCCCUUCCACUCCAUCUAACUCUCUCCAUCUCUCUCUCUCUCUCUCUCUCUCUCUCUCUCUCUCUCUCUCUCUCUCUGUCUCUACCCUUCUUUACCCAGCUAUCCACCCUCUAUCUUACAAACAUACCAUCCAUUGUCAGCAAACAGAAAAAGCAAGAUAAAACUCCUGUGUUCUGUGAAGAGCAAUGACUUUAGCAUCACAUUCCAUGAUGUGUUGAUGUGCAUAAAUCGAUAUUUGAGUUGCUUCCAUGUUUAUCUCUGUUCCUUUCUCGAUUGAAAAGCCUAGCGGAUGAUGUAUGAGAAGUUAACAAUGCUGAAUUUACAAAGUAGUUCUAACUGGAACAUGCCUAAUGACUGGUACCAUCAGACUGGUACCAACACCGCUGCCAGCCAUCAUAGCACAGUGUCUGAUGGCUGCAUGCUGGACACAGACCCCAGGAUGGGGACGGGAGGAGGAAGAGUGCAGAUGGAGAGGGACGAUGGUGAAGAAUCACAGCUGCGGCUGCAGCUGAAGAGGAAACUGCAGAGGAACAGGACCAGCUUUACUCAGGAGCAGAUUGAGGCCCUGGAGAAAGAAUUUGAGAGGACACACUACCCUGAUGUCUUUGCACGGGAACGUCUAGCAAAUAAAAUAGACCUCCCAGAAGCACGGAUCCAAGUGUGGUUCUCCAAUCGAAGAGCCAAAUGGAGACGAGAAGAGAAGCUGCGCAACCAGAGGAAAUCUGGAGGAGGAACUUCAUGCACCCAAACACACACUCCUCUUAGCACUUCCUUUAACGCAGCCUUGUAUCAGCAGCACAGCAACAGUGCAGGCACCAUGAUCAAUCAAAGUGAGACAACUCUCCCUAGUUACAGUUCCCUAUCUGUCUAUUCUGGAGUACAGUCGGCCCCCUCGUACCCUUGCAUGCUGCCCCCUUCCCCUUCUGCCCCACAAUCCUUUGAGCCUUCUUCUUACCCCUCCCCCCACCUCCCAGGCCCGCCACCCGGAAACACCAGCACAGGCUUGAUCUCUCCUGGCAUUUCAGUACCUGUCCAAGUCCCAGGAAAUGAGCAGAACAUGGGCCAGAACUUGGGCCAGUACUGGGCCCGACUGCAAUGAGGAAAACGCGAUGUGAUGAAAUAAUGGAACAAAGGCUUGAAGAGAAAGGUCAACUCGUCCAUGCUGAAAACUCACUACAGAGUUCACAUUCAUGACAUAACAUUCAAGAUUAAAGUGUAGGAACUUUGUUUUGUUAACUAUACUGCAUCGUCAACAACGUGAACCGGUCGCAAUGCACUAUGGGAUAGUCUUUCUUGCUCGAUAGGCUGCUGUUUAAAUUUACGCUACUAAAUUUGCAAGAAAACGAAUCAUACAUAAGAAUUGUCGGGAUUUAUAUAUUUUUUUGAUUAAACCUAUUUAGACAGUGUGCUUAUUAACAACACGCUCGUUAGUCAACCUCAGAGACAUGAACCAAAAAAAAGAACCAGAAAAAUAAGGAAUAUUUUUUUUUUUUUUUUUUUUACAAAAGUAUUUACUUCUCUUAUAGAAUCAUUUCUUUGCUGAAAAAUGUCCUUGUUCUAAUUGAAUGAAAAAUUCUGUGAAACUAAACUUUUAGUGAAAUACUAAAUCACGAAUGUGUCACGAAUUUGUCAAAUGACACGUUUUUUUUUUGACACUUCCUUAAAUCUGUUUGACAUAUUUUCACAUGUAGUGCAUGUGUUUUGUUUGUGUGUGUUUUAUUUUUAUUUUUUUUAACAGAUGAUUGAAUUUAUUUUCACAUUUCAGAUGUAAAACUGUGUUAAGGGGGAUGAAAUGGGGACAGAUUCAUACAGAACCUGUGAGAGGAAGUCACCAGGCAUGGUGUUAAAAACUAAAUAAAGUACUGGAAGAGAGCCAUUGUGUCACAUCCGCUGAAAUACUUGCACUAAAGCGAACGACUAUCAGCAAUCGUUUCAAAGCCGAUGACAAUCACUGACAAUUAUGCAGCUUCAAUUUUCAUAACGACUUCAAAAGCUUCUCUCGAUCCAAAGUUUCUUGUCUCUUUUUUUUUUGCCCCAAAGCAUUACUUAAUCUGCGUUUUGAUUAAAAAAAUAUAUUUGAUAUUUAUUUAUAAUUUUUCCUGUCUUCUGUAUAACUGUUUAAAUGCUAGCAUUUCUAAUCUGUGUGCUUAGUAUCUGCUCAUUAAAUCCGUGAAUGUGUACAUACAGUAUGUGCAUGUGUGUGUGUGUG